GCAUGGCCUUGGCCCAGCGGCAAGUGGCGGUGCAGGAGGGACCCCUCUACCGCACGGAGGGCUCCCACGUCACACUGUGGUGCAAGGUGAGCGGCUACCAGGGCCCGGCGGAGCAGAACUUCCAGUGGUCCGUCUACCUGCCCUCGGCUCCUGAGCGAGAGGUGCAGAUCGUCAGCACCGUCGACCCCUCCUUCCCCUACGCCAUCUACACCCAGCGUGUGCGCAGCCGGGGCAUCUACGUGGAGCGGCCACACUUCUACUCUCUGCUGUUUCUCACUGGUCUCGCCCUGCUUGGGCAGGCUGGUGCCUUGAUCUCUGCGCUGUUCCCCUGGGUCCUGCCUGGCUGUGACGGCUCCCAGGGGCCAGUGAUCCCCGACUCGCUGCGAGUGACGGCAGUCCCGCAGACGCUGAACAAAGUGGAGCGCGACUCCCUGGAGCUGAAGUGCGAGGUGUCCAAGAGCACAGCCCAGCACAGCCACGUCUCCAUCGCCUGGUACCGGCAGCGAGGCAGCGAGGUGCCCGUGGAGGUCAUCUCCCUCAGCCGUGACUUCGUCCUAAGGGCCGGCAAUGCCUACGCCCAGCGACAAGCCACAGGGGACAUUCGCUUGGACAAAGUUGGGGAGACCACCUCAAAGCUCACCAUCUACAACCUCCACCCAUCGGAUCAGGGCGAGUUUUACUGUGAGGCUGCAGAGUGGAUCCAGGACCCAGACAAAUCUUGGUAUGCCAUGACCCGCAAGCGUUCCCAGGGUGCCAUCGUCAACGUGCAAGCCACCGAUAAAGAGUUCAGCGUCCGACUGGAGACGGAGAAGAGGAUGUACAUCGUGGGUGAGCCAGUGGAGUUUCGGUGCAUCCUGGAGGCGCAGAACGUCCCUGACCGCUACUUCUCCAUCUCCUGGGCCUUCAACAGCUCCCUCAUCGCCAGCCUGGGACCCAACGCCGUGCCAGUGCUCAACAAUGAGUUUGCCCAGCGCGAGGCCCUGGGCCAGCUCAAGGUAGCCAAAGAAAGUGACAACGUUUUUGUGCUCAAGAUCUACCGCCUCCGCCUCGAGGACAGUGGCAAAUACAACUGCCGGGUGACUGAGCGGGAGAAGACUGUGACCGGGGACUUCAUUGACAAGGAGAGCAAGCGGCCAAAGAACAUCCCCAUCACUGUCCUGCCACUCAAGACCAGCAUCUCCUUGGAGAUUAUCAACAACGCCAGCAGUGUCUUGGAGGGGGAGAGCCUGCGCUUUGGCUGCAACGUGCGCUCAGGCUUCGGGCUCUCCAUCGCCUGGCAGCUGGUGGACAAGCUGAACCGGCGCAGCGAAAUUGUGCGUCUGGAUCGGGAGGGCACUCUGCAGCCAGGCCCCUCGUACGCCGAGCGCAGCAGCUAUGGGGGCAUCCAGGUGGAGCAGGUCCGGCCCGGCUCCUUCACCCUGGAGAUCUUCAACAGCGUCAAGGCGGACGAGGGCCACUACGAGUGCCGGGUGGCCGAGUGGACGCGGACUUUGGAUGGGGAGUGGCAGAUGGUUGGGGAGCGGCAUGCGGGCACCCCGGUGGCCAUCACUGCUCUGGAGGCCGGCUUUGCUGUCACAGCUAUCUCCCGCACCCCCGGGGUGACCUACAACGAGUCCUUCGACCUCCAGUGCAUCAUCAAGCCCCACUACCCGUCGUGGGUACCGGUGUCGGUGACGUGGCGUUUCCAGCCAGCAGGCAGCACCGAGUUUCACGACCUGGUCACCUUCACGCGCGACGGUGGGGUCCAGUGGGGCGACAGGUACACAGGUUUCCGGACCCGCACUGCCAUUGAGAAGGCAGAGUCCAGCAACAACGUGCGCCUGAGCAUCAGCAGGGCGAGCGACACGGAGGCCGGCAAGUACCAAUGCGUGGCCGAGCUCUGGAGGAAGAACUACAACAGCAGCUGGACGCGGCUGGCAGACAGGACCUCCAACCUGCUGGAAAUCAGGGUCCUGCGGCCGG